GUGGACAACAACAAAACUUAUAAACUAUACGAGCGUCAUAUUAUAAACCUAAAAUAAAAAAAAAAGAUUGAAAAAAGUGUUUUAGUAAGUGAGUGAUGGCAAUAGCUUUGCACACCUUCUUUCUUCAACUCAUACUCUUCUUCCUUGCUUCUUCUCUUGCAGAGGCGAACAACCCGCGAAAGAUAUACCUUGUGCAGAUGAAAGUUGGAGAGCAUCGAUAUGGGUCCAGUUCCGGUCACAAGGAACUACUUGGGGAAGUUCUUGACGACGAUAGCACCGUAGCAAAUGCACUUAUAUACAGCUACAGCGAGAGCUUCACGGGUUUCUCGGCAAGCCUCACGCAAAAUGAACGGCAAAAGUUAAAGAGGAGAAGAGAGGUAUUAGAAGUGUCUCAUAGCAGAAACUUAAAGCCUCACACGACAAGGUCAUGGGACUUUAUGAAUCUAACAUUAGCAGCUAAGCGAAAUCCCCAGGCUGAGAGUGAUUUGGUGGUAGCUGUCAUUGACUCUGGCAUUUGGCCAUACUCUGAGCUCUUCAGUAGCGACAGUCCUCCUCCUCUGGCUUGGCAAGACAAAUGCGAAAACAUAACUUGCAACAACAAGAUUGUUGGGGCUCGAUCAUACUACUUGGAAAAAGAACAUUACAAUGUAGCUGAAGAGAAGUCAGUCAUUGACGUGGAUGGCCACGGCACGCACGUAGCAUCCAUUGUUGCCGGCAAGGAAAUCGAGAAGGCGAGCUACUUUGGGCUAGCCGAAGGCACCAUGAGAGGCGGUGUUCCCAACGCAAAGAUCUCAGUUUAUAAAACAUGUUGGAAAAUAAUAAAUAAAGAGGAUUUAUCUUGUCCGGAACAUAAAGUCUUGGAGGCAAUAGAGGAUGCAAUCAAGGACAAGGUCGACAUCAUAUCCUAUUCUCAAGGGGGGCAAAAGCCAAUCCCCAUACACAAAGAUUUGGUCUCGUGGGCGUUCUUAAGAGCACUUGAAAAAGGAAUUUUGACUUCAACCGUGGCCGGGAACUCUGGCAUGGAGCCCUACACAAUCAUCAACGGCGCACCUUGGGUCAUGACCGUUGCGGCAAGCUUGAAAGAUAGACUUUUCAAGACAAAGUUAGAGCUGGAAGGAGAUAAAUCAAUAUUUGUAUACGACACGAUAAACACCUUCGAGACACAAGAUUCUUUCUACCCACUUCUGGACGAAACAGCACCCCAUGAAUCAACAAGAAAACGUGAACUUGUUGCUGAGAGUAACGAUGCACCAAUCUUGUCGAAUCAUAGAAACGGCAAAAGAAAAAACGUUUUCUUCAACUAUUCACAAAGCACAAUCUUGGACAAAGUGUUUAAAGAGAGACCGCAAGGUGCAAUCAUAUGGGAUAAUUUUAGCGAAAGAGUUGGGAUGCGAAAGUUACAGUUUCCUAUAGCAUCUAUAGUUCUGGACAAAAUACGAGGAAGUAUGCUACGGAAAGACUUUUCAGAAAAUGAAAGGAAUAUAUCCGUCAAAAUCCACAAGACGGUGGAAGUUCCAGCAGAAGAUGGAGAGGAAGCAACCAUUGCUGACAUGUCUUCUAGGGGUCCUAAUUGCGACAGAUUCCUAGCAAACAUUCUCAAACCCGAUAUAGCUGCUCCAGGGUUAGACAUCAUAGCGGGUUGGCCCGAGAAUGUGAAUCUUCUGCCAAAAGAGGAAAGUGAUUACCGCCAUCUCAGGUUCAAUAUUUUGUCAGGAACUUCCAUGGCUUGCCCUCAUGCCACUGGACUUGCCUUGUACAUCAAGUCAUUCUACCCUUCUUGGUCUCCAUCCGCUAUUAAAUCCGCUCUAAUGACCACUUCCACGGAAAUGGAGGGCAAUGAAUUUGAGUGCGGGUCAGGAAGAUUAAACGCUACAAAUGUCUUAGACCCCGGUUUGAUCUAUGAGACAAGACACCUGGACUACAUAGAUUACAUGUGCAAACAAGGCUACAAGACCCAAAUGCUAAGAUCACACGUUGGAAGCGACAAGAUAAGUUGCUCGGGGACCAAGACAGACCUGAACGCAGACCUCAACUAUCCAACCAUGACGGCCCAAGUCGAAAUCAACACCAAGUUCACCAAAGUCUUCUAUAGAACGGUCACCAACGUUGGUGCCCCAGACUCCACUUACCUCGGAGAGAUUAAGUUCCAAUAUGAGAAAAACUUUGAUGCUGAGAUCACUGUGGAGCCUAAACGGCUACAUUUUGACAAGUUGGGAGAUACCAAGACUUUCACGGUCACCGUCACCGGAGAAUCGAAGCCGAAUAUAAAUUACAAGAACUCGUUUAUGACAGAAAACACGUGGCUCACUUGGACGGAGAUGGAUGGUUCUCGCCAAGUCAGGAGUCCCAUUGUCAUAUACUCUAUAACGAAGAGCUACCCCGCUUGCCGUAAAUUCCACAAGAACUAACUCAAGCUGCCACUCUUCUAGAAAACCUUAAAUUAUAUAAUAUAAUAAUCUAUGAUGUCAUAAUAAGACUGGACUCUGGAAUCUUGAUUAAUAUUAAGGGUAACUUAAUAAGUAUGGUUUCAGUUCCUCAUUCCUGUUUAGAUUAAUUUCAACCAAAUUAAACCUGAACCUAGUAUGGAUAUCGUUUGUAUGUUGUUAUGAUAUUAGUUUUAUAUUUUAAAAGAUAUUAUGAAAGGAUUGUUCAGUAAUUU